UCGGCUCGGCCCUCAAGCAGGGGCCUAGCGUGGCCUGCUCAGCUCGUAUCGCCUUCGGAGCUAGGUCGGCUUCGCUCGGCCGAUACCGAUGCAGGAUGCAGCGUGGCACCGCCGCCGGCGACGCCGCAUGCCGCUGGAGACGAGGGGAGCGGGGGCCUCGCACUGCACAACAACAACAGUGUCGCCGGCUGGCCUGAAGGAGCGCGUUGCACGUGUGUGGAGUAAAAAGACAAGAUAUGUGGGAAGAAGCAGGUGAAGCGGCAAUUAUUGGCCUAAGCUAUGGCCCCCAGGAAGCUGACCGAAGAACAACGAGAGCGUAAACGUGAAAGGGCCCGGCAGCUGUAUCGGGAGAAACGAGACAAAAGACUGCUGCUCGCGGCAGCACAUGAUGUUAAUCAAGGGGAGGGUGGAGAGGCCCGCGGCCGAGCCAACCGCGGCGAUGACGCUGGAGACGCUGAACAGCAGGGCUCAUCUUGCACUGCGCAAGAUUCAAAGCAGAGAGGGCAGACGGAGCGCGCAGGAGCACAUCACUGCGCUGACGCCAAACAGGAGGACGCCGCCGAGACUGCAAGCAGCCGCGUUCCAGCCGAAGAACAACUAGCAGGAUCAAAGGAUGUCUCUUCAGGCGAGUCUUCAACGCUGGAUCAGCGCAAAAGGAAGAACGGGCUCCAGCGGGCACGAAAGGAUGCAGGCCUGACCCCCGAAAAACGGCAAAGAAAACACGAGCUGCAGCGGGCACGAAGGCAGGCAGGCCUGACUCCCGAAGCACGUCAGAGGAAAAACGAGCUGGAACGGCUUGUUCUUCACGCAGUCCUUCAGCGAAACCAACUGCAAGCCGCUGAUGAAAGUGCUGCGAAAGCUCCACCGUGA